AUGGCGAAAUUCACCUUGAGCACUACUCAAAAGAACAAAUCUGUAUUACUUCCGAAAGGGUUUUCUUACAUUAUUGAUAAAACAACUAUUGAUAAAACUUAUUGGAAAUGUGAACAUGCUCGAAAACUUAAAUGUAAAGGUCGAGUUCAUACUGAUUAUAUUAAUACAACAUUAUUAUAUGAAAAUGAUAAUCAUAAUCAUAGCGAUAAUGAGGUUUCAAUUGAAAUUAGAAUAUUUGAAGGAAAAGUUCGUGAUCGAGCAAUUAAUCGUAAUGAAACUACCCAAGCUGUUAUUGAUAAUUGUCUGACGAAUUUAUCUGAUUAUGCCGUUGCUCGUCUUCCUGACUUCAAACAUAUUAAACGAAAUAUUCAAAAUCGACAUGAACAAAAUGAUUUAUCAAAAAUCUCUCAUGAUAAAACAUUUAAUCGAAUUCCGAAUAAAUUAGCAACAACAAAAAGAAAUACUACAUUUCUACAAUAUGAUUCUGGUCCAGACAAUGAUUGA